AUUAAAUAAAAAUGUAAAAAUAAAUUUUCAGACUGGAAAAUGUUAUGUUCAUCAAGUAAGAUACUCAAGUUUGCGUUCAAAUCUGAUACUAUUGUGAACAUGUCUAGACCAAGCUCAGAUUUAGCUAAAUUCAAACAGAAGGUUAAGGAAAGCAAACAUCUGGUGAUAUUAACGGGGGCUGGAGUAUCUGCAGAAUCUGGAGUUCCUACAUUCAGGGGUAAUGGAGGGUACUGGAGAACAUACAGUGCUCCAGAUUUAGCAACUCCACAGGCAUUCUCCACUGAUCCUUCUCUAGGUAGAGUGGGAAUGCUGACAAAGCUACCCAAUCCUGCACAUCAAGCUAUAGCUGCUUGUCAGCACAAUGCUGCUAAACAGAAUAGGAAAGUAUCAGUAAUAACUCAGAAUAUAGAUGAACUUCAUCAAAAAGCAGGCAGUACUGAUGUAAUAGAACUUCACGGCUCUCUUUUCAAGACUAGGUGUACUAAAUGUCAUCACGUGGAAUCCAAUUAUGAAAGUCCCAUUUGUGAAGCUCUUAGAGACAAAGGUACCCCUGAGCCCGGGGCUGGAGGAGCAAAUAUCCCGGUCAACCUUCUACCUAGAUGUUCACAUAAUGGUUGUGGAGGUCUUCUCAGACCUCAUGUUGUUUGGUUUGGAGAGGGGUUGGACGAAAACAUUUUAGCUAGAUCCUAUGAAGAACUGGAGAGCUGUGAUCUGUGUCUAGUAGUUGGAACAUCUAGUGUUGUGUAUCCAGCCGCCAUGUUUGCGCCACAGGUUGCUCGGCGUGGUGUACCUGUAGCUGAGUUUAACCUAGAAACUACCCCAGCUACUCAACAGAUCGGUCAACAUGGAUUCUUCUUCAGUGGGCCAUGUGGUACAACGCUGCCAGAAGCAAUCCUUUGAUGAAAACAGAGUACAGUGUACAGUGUACAGUGUACACUCAGUGUUCAGUGUUCAACGAUAAUCACAGGCGUGUGUAUUCUUACUCCUCCCACUGCACCCAAAGUAGGGGGGGGGGGGUCAAAAUUUGAUCUAACAGGGAAGAGAAAGUGAAGUGAAGUGAAGAGAGUGAACAAGUGUGAAAGGAGAGUGACAGAAAUGGAGGGUUAAAUUCAUUUCUCAAAUGCGUUCAAUCUGACAUACAGACUUUUUCCUAUUUCAGCCAUUAAUGUAGAACAUUUAUUGAUCAUCACAAAUAACUGUUUUUUCUAUUUCAGAUAUAUGUUUAGAAUGUGUAUUUAGAAUGUAUAAGUCGUACAAAGGAAUUGUGAAACCAGUUUUUAACACCCCAGGACAACUGGAACUGGACAAUACCGUUUGCAUCUCAAGUGUAUCUCCUGAAGCUUCCAUCACCUCAG